AUGAGUUCCAUGGAAGAAACUAGCAUUACAGCAGGAUAGAAAUUAAAUAUUACAGCUGUUCCCCUAUUUCAAUUAGAUGUAAAUUACGAUAGCUUAAAGAAGCUUUUAGAUACUAUAGAUGGCUCAAUAAUGAAAUGUUAAAAGCAAAUUGAUUCAGUUAAAGUAGAUGUAGGCACUAAAUCUAAAGUUGACGAUAUUUGCAACAGUUUGAAGUAUAUGGCUAAAGCGACAGACAUUUAUGACUAAAAUUUUGUCAAGAUAUUAUAAAAUUCUCUUAAUAAAGAAUAGUUUAAGUUAGGAAAGGGUAGAAUAGAUUAGGAAACUGAGCCAAUAUGCUAAAAAUUCAAUAUGAUAGGCAAUGCUUGUACCUAUCUUUACCAAACGUUAGUGAAAUAAGAUGAAAAAAUAAACAAAUUGGAGUAAAUUAUUAACACUAAAGCAGAUGAUAAAGGACUCAAAGAAAAAAUUAAAAAAAGCAAAAAUAAACUGAAAGAAAAGAUCUAAGAUACUUGCAAAGAAUUAGAAGAUAGAGUCGCUUAAUGUGAGAAGACUUCUGCAAAUUAAAUGGGAAACGUAGAUGCACUUAUCAAAGAUGUAGAAAGAAGAACUAUUUGGAAAAUUUAAGAUUGUCAAGACCUUUUAUCUAAGAGAGUGAAUGAAGAAUUUGUAAAUGAAGCAAUAGCAAAUCUUGAAAAAUCAAUGAAAGAUUAAAUUAAUUAACUUACAGGAGGAGGUUCAGAUAAGUUAGACAAAAUUCAAUCCAAAAUUAAUUCUAAAUUAUAAGAAAUAGACGAUAACGUUAAUGAAAAAACAAAACAAUUAAAAUAAGCUAUCAAAGACCUCGAAACAAGUUGUAAAACAAAGUACGUUACCACUGAUAAAUUUUUAGAAACCAAUAAAACUAUGACUGAUAGGAUUUCAUAGCUCCAAGUUAGAUUAAAAGCUAUGGAAACUGAAUUAGAUUACUCUGAAGUUAUCGAUGACCAUAAAAAUUAAUUUGUUUAAUAUGAUCACAGAAUAAAAUAAAUAUAAGCUGAAGUUGAUAAGCAUUUAAAUAAUUAACUCUCCAACGAUGAAAUGAAAGGAUAUGAAACACUUUUAAAAAAACUUGAUCCCCACAAAUUAUGUCAAAUUGAAGCUGAUCUUAGAGUUAACGAGGAGAAUAUUAUACGUCACGAAGAAAGAAUAGCAGCUUUGUAAUCUGACAUGAAAAGAAAACUUGAAAGCAUCGAUUUCUUUAGCUGCAUGCAAAGUCUACCAAACGAAUAAGGUGGUGGUAUGAAGCCUGAGGAAAUAAAAAAAUUAAUAUACGACAUGAUGCCUAAAUAAUUAAUUGACGAAGAGAAAUAUAGAAAAAUAUAAAGAGACUUAAAUGAAGUAAAUUAUAAAAUAGAAAACGCAGGAGAAAUAGAAAGAAGAGUUACUCGUAUCUUUAAAGAAAUUGAUAUCAAUAAUGUAAUUAAGUAGCUGAAAUAAAAAGCUAAUUCUGAUGAUGUGAAAAAAGAUCAGUGCAAUAUGGAAUCAAGAUUUGCCUAACUAAGUGAGAUGGUUUCAUUUAUAAGAAGAGAUUUAGACAAUUUAUAACUUUUAAUUAAAAAAAAUGUAAUGAAUAAUAGCUAAGUAACAGCUUCAACUUAAAUGGGAAUUGAAUCUAGUUCCCUUUUAACUACUAAAAAGCUCUUCCCUAUUAAUUGCCUCUCUUGUGGUCCAUAAGCUCAUACAUAAUAGACUAUAACUUUUGUAAAGUAAAGAGGAGAUCGUAUGUCUAGAGCUGAUAUUCUUAACAGAUCUAUGGUUGAAUAUAAUGUUGUCCCUGAAUAAACCAGCAGCUCAAUUUAAUAAGAUGAAAAAGUUAUUUUUAAUAAUCCAAGUAUUCCUACUCCUAAAAAAUAAGUAAAUCCGUACGGCACACAACAAAGGGCUCGUCCUUACUCUGCUACAACAAGAAAGUAAAAAACCGUAAACAAUUGA